AUGCCGCCACCACGAGGUGACGUAACGGCCUUGUUCCUGGGACCCCCGGGCUCAGGCAAGUCUUCGUUGAUCGCAGCGUUGUGUGACAAAGAUGUGGAAACAUUGGAGCCGCUCAAGGGACGGCUGGACUCGGGAAUCCCCAGCCUGCGGGCUGCAGGUCCAGGCCUUUUUCUGGGCGAGCUGAGCUGCCCCCCAGCAGCGCCAGGGCCGUGGGCUGCGGAGGCCAACGUGUUGGUGCUGGUGCUGCCUGGGCCGGACGGGAAUGGGGAGACCUUGGCCCCCGCUCUGGCGGAGGCGGCGCGCAGCGCCCUGGCCCGAGGGACCCCACUGUUGGCGGUGCGGACCCUCCAUCCCCGGGAUUGCCAGACUGAAGCCCAAGCCCGGGAUCAGACAGAAACCCUGCUGGAUGGCACCGGCCUAGGAGCCGCGGCCCUGUUCGUAUUACCUAGGAAUUGCACCGCGAGCAGCGGGGGCGAGGAGCUAGAGCGCCUGCAGGCUGUUCUGCAAAACCAGGCGGAGCCGCUGCAGAGGCUCUUACCACCAGCCCAGGAUGGCUUUGAGGUGCUGGGAGCAGCCGAGUUGGAAGCUGUGCGUGAAGCUUUCGAGAAAGGAGGCCUGGAGGCAGUGCUGUCGUGGGUACGCUCGGGCCUGGAGCGCCUGGGUAGUGCACAGCUGGACCUGGCCGUAGCUGGCACAGACGGAGUGGGACUUGUGCUGGACCUACUACUUGGAUUGGAUCCUGGUGACACCGGGGCUGCGCCUGCUGUCCCACCUGUAACACCCACACCCUACCAGGCCCCGGAACGCCCCAAUGUAGUGCUCUGGGCUGUACCUUUGAGUCCCCAGGGUGCUACCGCCGCCCCCCAUCCAAUCCACUACAAUGCCCUCAUUCUUGUCACGCCUGGAGCACCUACUGAGAAGGACUGGGCCCAGGUUCGAGCCUUGGUCCCUCCAGAUGCACCAUUGCUCUGCGUGCGAACAGAUGGCAAGGGUGAGGAACCGAAAGCCCUGGAAGAGGAAAUGGCGGAGAAGGCCAGCGGCAAGGAUUCAGAGAAUGCAGAUGGAGCGGAGUUGACGAAUGUGCGCAGUAAUGGCACCGGAUCACAGAAAGUCGGCGAUGGGGACUGUUCAGAGAAAGCAAGCAGGGACAGUUCGCAGCAGGUUGGCGCCAGCGCAAAGAACUUGGGCAGCGGUGAUUCAGGGCAUGUGGUACUGAGCCCGGAGGAUGAGUCCUGGGAGGUGCUAGAAGAGCCGCUGCCUCCGGUGUUCCCGCUGCGGCCAGGCGGGCUUCCCGGACUCUGUGAGUGGCUGCGGCGUGCCCUCCCCCCGGCACAGGCGGGGGCACUGCUGUUGGCACUGCCCCCUGCGUCUCCUGGGGCCGCCAGAACCAAGGUGGCAGCACUGCGGGCUGGGGCGUGGCGGCCGGCCCUGCUAGCUAGCCUGGCGGCUGCAGCAUCCCCCAUACCAGGACUAGGCUGGGCAUGCGAUGUGGCGCUCCUUCGAGGCCAGCUGGCGGAAUGGCGGCGGGCUCUGGGGCUCGAACCAGCGGCACUGGCGCGUCGUGAGCGCGCACUGGGCCUGAACCCCGGGGAGCUGGCAACGCGUGCACACUUUCCCGGCCCUGUGACACGCGCGGAAGUGGAGGCGAGGCUGGGCGCGUGGGCAGGCGAGGGCACAGCCGGCGGUGCAGCGCUGGGCGCGCUCUCGUUCCUGUGGCCAGCAGGUGGCGCAGCAGCGACCGGCGGCCUGGGCUACCGGGCAGCACAUGGCGUGCUGUUGCAGGCGCUGGACGAGAUGCUGGCCGACGCCGAGGCAGUGCUGGCGCUCCCAGCGCCCGCCCAGUAA